AUGCCGACAUGCACGCUGGAAGCGUUUCAUGUCGAUCUACAUGUCGGAACAGUAACGCCGGACCAACAGGUAGCAGAUGUCAUGUCGGGCGACAUACGUGUAGUGCCUCCAACUGAAUCAAGAACCAAAGAUUAUAUCUCAGGGCAUAUUGAAGCACAGUCCGAUCCUGAUAUCGAUUGGCCGGAAGAUAUUGAUCAAAGUGACAUCGAUGAUCUCCUGCUAGAUGGCCAUCUCGAGCAAGUCGCAAGUCGAAGUGAUUACUUUCCUUCGAGACUGGCACGAAAUCCCUGGGAUGGGAGUGCAACUUCGUACCAUCACGAGCAUCUCGACUCGUCUCUAAGCGCCAUCGAGAACAAUCAGAAUGACACAAUCGUGGACGAGGUAUUGCCAACGGUGCUUGCUGGAGUCGGUCGAGCAAUCCUGGCCGACCAACAUAUCCAGUACAGCUCACACUUCAGACACCUCUCUGAUCUUGCUCCCGCCGUGUUCUGCUCGGCUUACAGGCCAUUCGUCGCCAGCAGAGCAGUAUUCACACCUACCAUCGGACACGCUUUGAGCCGUGUCAAUAGUCGGAUGCUGAAAGACGACUGCGUCGCACCCGCAUCGUCAGACACGCACAAUGAGUCUCAAGCAGAGCAACGGCUCUGGCUGCAACUUCAGAAACGGGCUAGGAUCGAAGCGAAGAAGGAUCAAGCCAAAGGUCCUGCGUCCGGCAAGGUUGCUUCAAGGCUCGCAUCCGUAGCAAACACAGAUCUCGUGACUGCAAGUCAAGAAAGCUGGAACACAGCGACGGAGACUCUCGACGUUGACCUCGACGAGGAUGAAGAAGGAGAAGAAGAUCUGCUCGGCACACUUGGCGACUACGCCGUACAAGGAGACAUGCAAUGUGUAAGCGAGGCCACGAUGAACGAUGCAGUGUCCUAUAACCCUUCUAGCUUUUUGGCAGAUGGCUCAUAUCAGGGCAGGCAGUACGUUGAGGUGCUCGCGGAUUCAGCUGCUCCCGUGUGGGGCAUUGGCGAGUUCGAGGACGAUCAAAUAAUGCUCGACAUCUAG